AAAAUCUUUGGCUUAUUAGGUCUUGCAACAUUGGCUUCUGCUGCAAUUAUCCCAUAUAAUGGGGUAAGGCUGCAGUCUGAUAUCACCGAUGUGUCGACAAGUGAACCCAUUGAAAAUGCUGAAACGACCAUUCUAAAUGAUGAAGGAUAUAAAUAUAAAACCGUACGCCGUUUGAAAUACCGCCAACGUCGCGAUGUGUCCGAAAUCGCUAACGAGUAUUUACCACCAAGCGACGAAACUGUUACUGAGGAUGAUGCUGAAGUGAAAUCCGAAGAGGAACCCCAAGAGUCAGCGGUGUUGGGUGCCGAUGGCUAUGAAUACAAAACUGUUCGUCGUUUGAAAUAUCGUCAACGUCGUGAUGUGUCUGAAAUCGCUAACGAAUAUUUACCACCAAGUGACGAAACUGUAACUGAAGCUGUUGCUGAAGUAAAAUCUGAAGAAGACCCUCAAGAUUCCGCUGUUUUGGGUGCUGAUGGUUAUGAAUACAAAACUGUUCGUCGUUUGAAAUACCGUCAUCGUCGUGACGUCUCUGAAAUCGCCAACGAAUACUUGCCCCCUAGUGAAGAGGCAGUUACUGAAACUCUUGCUGAAGUAAAAUCCGAAGAGGAACCCCAAGAUUCCGCUGUUUUGGGUGCUGAUGGUUAUGAAUACAAAACAGUUCGUCGUUUGAAGUACCGUCAACGUCGUGAUGUGUCCGAAAUCGCCAACGAAAACUUACCACCCAGUGAGGAAACUACUACCGAAGCUGUUGCUGAAGUAAAAUCCGAAGAAGAACCCCAAGAUUCCGCUGUUUUGGGUGCUGAUGGUUAUGAAUACAAAACUGUUCGUCGUUUGAAAUACCGUCAACGUCGUGAUGUAUCUGAAAUCGCCAACGAAUACUUGCCACCCAGUGAGGAGACUGUUACUGAAGCUGAAGUAAAAACCGAAGAAGAACCUCAAGAUUCUGCUGUUUUGGGUGCUGAUGGUUAUGAAUACAAAACUGUUCGUCGUUUGAAAUACCGUCAACGUCGUGAUGUGUCCGAAAUCGCCAACGAAUACUUGCCACCCAGUGAGGAAACUACUACCGAAGCUGAUGCUGAAGUAAAAUCCGAAGAAGAACCCCAAGAUUCCGCUGUUUUGGGUGCUGAUGGUUAUGAAUACAAAACUGUUCGUCGUUUGAAAUACCGUCAACGUCGUGAUGUCUCCGAAAUUGCCAACGAAUACUUGCCCCCUAGUGAAGAGGCAGUUACCGAAGCUGUUGCUGAAGUAAAAUCCGAAGAAGAACCCCAAGAUUCCGCUGUUUUGGGUGCUGAUGGUUAUGAAUACAAAACUGUUCGUCGUUUGAAAUACCGUCAACGUCGUGACGUCUCUGAAAUCGCCAACGAAUACUUGCCACCCAGUGAGGAAACUACUACCGAAGCUGUUGCUGAAGUAAAAUCCGAAGAAGAACCCCAAGAUUCCGCUGUUUUGGGUGCUGAUGGUUAUGAAUACAAAACUGUUCGUCGUUUGAAAUACCGUCAACGUCGUGAUGUAUCUGAAAUCGCCAACGAAUACUUGCCACCCAGUGAGGAAACUACUACCGAAGCUGUUGCUGAAGUAAAAUCCGAAGAAGAACCCCAAGAAUCCGCUGUUUUGGGUGCUGAUGGUUAUGAAUAUAAAACUGUUCGUCGUUUGAAAUACCGUCAACGUCGUGAUGUCUCCGAAAUUGCCAACGAAUACUUGCCACCCAGUGAGGAAACUACUACCGAAGCUGUUGCUGAAAUAAAAUCCGAAGAAGAACCCCAAGAUUCCGCUGUUUUGGGUGCUGAUGGUUAUGAAUACAAAACUGUUCGUCGUUUGAAAUACCGUCAACGUCGUGAUGUAUCUGAAAUCGCCAACGAAUACUUGCCCCCUAGUGAAGAGGCAGUUACCGAAGCUGUUGCUGAAGUAAAAUCCGAAGAAGAACCCCAAGAUUCCGCUGUUUUGGGUGCUGAUGGUUAUGAAUACAAAACUGUUCGUCGUUUGAAAUACCGUCAACGUCGUGAUGUGUCUGAAAUCGCCAACGAAUACUUGCCACCCAGUGAGGAAACUACUACCGAAGCUGUUGUUGAAGUAAAAUCCGAAGAAGAACCCCAAGAUUCCGCUGUUUUGGGUGCUGAUGGUUAUGAAUACAAAACUGUUCGUCGUUUGAAAUACCGUCAACGUCGUGACGUCUCUGAAAUCGCCAACGAAUACUUGCCACCCAGUGAGGAAACUACUACAGAAGCUGUUGCUGAAGUAAAAUCCGAAGAAGAACCCCAAGAUUCCGCUGUUUUGGGUGCUGAUGGUUAUGAAUACAAAACUGUUCGUCGUUUGAAAUACCGUCAACGUCGUGAUGUGUCUGAAAUCGCCAACGAAUACUUACCACCCAGUGAGGAAACUACUACCGAAGCUGUUGUUGAAGUAAAAUCCGAAGAAGAACCCCAAGAUUCCGCUGUUUUGGGUGCUGAUGGUUAUGAAUACAAAACAGUUCGCCGUUUAAAAUACCGUCAUCGUCGUGAUGUGUCUGAAAUCGCCAACGAAUACUUGCCCCCUAGUGAAGAGGCAGUUACCGAAGCUGUUACUGAAGUAAAAUCCGAAGAAGAACCCCAAGAUUCCGCUGUUUUGGGUGCUGAUGGUUAUGAAUACAAAACUGUUCGUCGUUUGAAAUACCGUCAACGUCGUGAUGUAUCUGAAAUCGCCAAUGAAUACUUGCCUCCUAGUGAAGAGGCGGUUACCGAAGCUGUUGCUGAAGUAAAAUCCGAAGAAGAACCCCAAGAUUCUGCUGUUUUGGGUGCUGAUGGUUAUGAAUACAAAACUGUUCGUCGUUUGAAAUACCGUCAUCGUCGUGACGUCUCUGAAAUCGCCAACGAAUACUUGCCUCCUAGUGAAGAGGCGGUUACCGAAGCUGUUGCUGAAGUAAAAUCCGAAGAAGAACCCCAAGAUUCCGCUGUUUUGGGUGCUGAUGGUUAUGAAUACAAAACAAUUCGUCGUUUGAAAUACCGUCAACGUCGUGAUGUGUCGGAAAUUGCCAACGAAUACUUGCCCCCUAGUGAAGAGGCAGUUACCGAAGCUGUUGCUGAAGUAAAAUCCGAAGAAGAACCCCAAGAUUCCGCUGUUUUGGGUGCUGAUGGUUAUGAAUACAAAACUGUUCGUCGUUUGAAAUUCCGUCAACGUCGCGAUGUCUCCGAAAUUGCCAAGGAAUACUUACCACCCAGUGAGGAGGAUGUUACCGAAGCUGUUGAAGGACCCCAAGAUUCCGCUGUUUUAGGUGCUGAUGGUUAUGAAUACAAAACUGUUCGUCGUUUGAAGUUCCGCCAGUAA